AUGGUCAUCGAACUUCCAUCGCUAAUUCUUGUUUUUGUUUUGUGUGCGAGUGUGAUCGGUGUCUUGGUGAGGAAUAAGAGAAAGACAGAUGCCAAAUUGAAGAUUUCGCAGAAGAAAAGGCGGAACGUGGCUGUGUGCGAUCCAUUUUGGGAGAGUUGUGGAGUGAGAGAGGAAACCUUUUCAAUUCGUUUUCCUAAGGUUUCGGAGACGAUCUUGGCAAUCCACAAGUGUGAGAAGUGGUGUUGGAGCUUGAGUUUUUGCUGUGCAAUUGAGGUGGGGUUCUUGAAGUGUAGGAAAUAAGGCUUUCAAGUUUUUCUUUUGUAAGAUAGAACUUGAAUAAAGAAUGGAAGUUUUCGAAAAGAAACGUUAUUCUAGUUUGUUUGUUUGUUUGUAAAUGUUUUAAACAUGUGUGCCUUAAAUACCUUUUUAUAAGGCUUGUAAUAUAAUAAAGGUACGAAGGUUAUAGUUU